CAGCUGUUGCGCACACAAUUUUAGUAUUCAAUUACGCCUCAUGCUGAUCGCAUGGCCAUGAGUUUUAAAAACAAAGUUGUCGUUAUAACCGGCGCAAGCUCAGGCAUCGGAGCCGCCACGGGCAUAGCAUUCGCUAAAGAAGGCGCUUACGUCGUAUUGGUAGCGAGCAAUAAGGAAAAGCUAAGGAAAGUGAAGAAAGACUGCGAAGCUGUAGGACGGAGGGCAUUCAUAAUCAUAACAGACCUAUCAGAGGAAGUCUAUAGCAGUGUUAUAAAUUUAAUAAUAAAAAGACACAAGCGUAUAGACGUUCUUGUGAACAACGCUGGGGUACUGGAUUAUGGUAACAUAAGAAAUAAUACUUUAGUGGAUGCGUACGAUGAAAUUAUGGAUGUCAACAUCCGAGCUCCCGUUUUUCUCACUACUUACGCAGCUCCACAUCUCAUAGCUAGUAAAGGUAAUAUAGUAAAUGUAUCUGCUAUAGAUGCAGAGAAAGUUGUUUGCGAUGAAUAUGGAGCGUUCAGUGUCACAAAGGCGGCACUAAACCAAUUCACAAGGGCGGCAGCAAUAGAACUGGGAGAGCAUGGCGUUAGAGUGAACACAAUAAGUCCCUCUGACGUCAGGACCAAUAUGUAUAAAAACGCGGGAAAACUAAAGGAAAAUGUUGAAUUAAAAAGCGUUAUGACUCCCUGGACUGAGCCGGAGGAGAUCGCUGAUUUGAUACUGUUUAUGGCUAGUGAUAAGGCAAGAGGUAUAACUGGAUCGAAUUUUGUUUGUGAUAACGGUAGCAUGUUGUUGUGAUUUGUUAGAUUUUAGACUGUAAGUGUAGGUGCAAAGAGAUCAAUGUCGCACUAUGAGUUUUUAUAUUGAGUGUAUAUUCAAUUGUAUAAAAUUCAAAUUCAAUUGUCCCUUGUAAAAUCGUAGAUUUGAUGAUUCCCUGCUCAUUGCUUUUAAAUAUAGUAAUAAAUGUACCUUUAUUGAAGAUUAAUUAUUUUGUGUUCAUCGUAUUUUUCUUCAAAAUUUUAUAUUUAGUUUAAUUACAUGAAACUAUAAUUUUGAAAAUAAUA